AUGGCAGCCUCCAUAUGCCACAUUUUCCGACAUCGGUGAAGUCUCCAGAUUUUUUUAAUGUUGUUCUUCCUAUUUUAUGAAGAACCUUAAGCUGAAAAGAUACAAUGGGUAUUCUCGAGAAAAUAGCUGAAAUUGAGAGGGAAAUUUCCCGAACCCAGAAAAAUAAAGCUACCGAGUACCAUCUUGGAUUGCUAAAAGCAAAACUUGCCAAGUACAGACAGCAGUUGUUGGAGCCAGGGGGGAAAUCAGCAUCCAAGGGUGAGGGUUUUGAUGUGAUGAAAUCUGGAGAUGCCAGGGUAGCUCUAAUUGGAUUCCCAUCAGUAGGCAAGUCCACAUUACUGAGUACUCUGACGAAAACAAAAAGUGAAUGUGCUGCAUAUGAGUUCACAACUUUGACGUGCAUUCCUGGUGUUAUUGAGUAUAAUGGUGCCAAAAUUCAACUUCUUGAUUUACCGGGAAUCAUAGAAGGAGCUGCUCAAGGAAAGGGGAGAGGUCGGCAGGUCAUUGCUGUGGCGAGGACAGCAGAUGUGGUGGUCAUGAUGCUGGAUGCCACAAAGAGUAAAAUUCAAAAAGAAUUGCUGACAGCAGAAUUAGAGAGUGUUGGUAUAAGAUUGAAUAAAAGAAAACCUAACAUUUACUUCAAGCAAAAGAAAGGUGGAGGCAUAUCGUUUAACUCCACUCUACCCCUGACAAAGGUUAAUGAAAAACUUGUACAGAUGAUCCUUCAUGAAUGGAAGAUCUUUAAUGCCGAGGUUUUAUUCCGAGAAGACUGUACAUCAGAUGAAUUUGUUGAUGUUAUACUUGGAAACCGAGUCUACAUGCCCUGUUUAUAUGUCUAUAACAAAAUUGACCAAAUCUCAAUAGAAGAAGUGGACAGGCUUGCUAGAGAAUCUAGUUCUGUGGUAGUCAGUUGUAAUAUGAGGUUGAACUUGGACUACCUAGUGGAGAUGAUCUGGGAAUACCUGGCUCUGGUUCGUGUCUACACAAAGAAAAGAGGAGAGAGGCCUGAUUUUGAUGGAGGAUUGAUUUUAAGAAAAGGAUGUACAGCAGAACAUGUGUGUCAUGCUAUUCAUAGAACUAUGGUGGACACCUUCAAAUAUGGAUUAGUUUGGGGAACCAGUGUAAAAUACAGUCCUCAAAGGAUCGGACUUCAGCACCUGAUGAACCAUGAUGAUGUCAUACAAAUCAUCAAAAAACUUUUUUGUGAAAUGAAUACAGACCCCUUGGCAGUUGUCCUCAUCACCUCAGGAACUCGUGGAGACAGACUACUUUUCCGCUAUCCAAACUCCGAGCCAGUCAACCGUGGCGUGCUUGCAAAAUCUAAAGGAAGCAAUCCUUAUGCAAUAAAAAUAACAGAGGAUAUAUUAUCAAACAAAGAACCUGCAACCUCUUGUAUCAGAGACAAUACCUUAGUAGGGUUUUCUGAUUCUAUUCUGGCAAAUUUGCUUGCUGCUAAACAAGAUCUUUGUCGAAAACCUUUUGAUUUGAAGAUCAAUGAUGUUAGGUUUGUUGGAUUCCCUAUGCCCCUGGAUAAAAGCAGAUCAAAACCAGGAGCCCACCAGAUUAUUUCAUUUAAUAUCAUUUUUGUACUGAGGGCUAAUGUUACAUCCUCUGUGAUCCAGUGUUAUACCGACCUGGUCAAGCAGAUCACAGUAGCCAUUCAUCAUGAGGAGGGACGGUGUCAGUACCUCUCCUCCCAGGCCAAAAUCAUGCUAUCUGUUCAUGAUGAGGUGGCAGCCAUGCCAGAAGAUUCUGCAGAAUCUCCAUAUGCAAUGAUUCUCCCAAGAAGCUCUUUAGCUAAAUGCUUGCAAACUAUCUUUGAAGAUUUAGGCAAAACUGGAUUAGUUCACCUGUUCAUCAAUAAAUGGAUUGAGAUAUGGUUUUGUUCACCACACAAAAUACAUCAGAUUCCAGAUUCAUCAAGCACAAUGAGGAUAGAGCCAGAAAUAAUACAGAAAUGCUUGGAAUGUCUAAGGCCAUAUCAUGGAGUGUUAUUGUUGGUUGAGAAGCAGGCAUUACAGGACUCUCUGCCAGUGGACUGUAGUCCAGCACUCAGUAGACUGAUUACAGUGUGGAGCCCACUACAGAGUCUACAGGUGCUCUCCCAGGAGGCUGACCUCGCCUUGUCACAGGUAUUCAACAUUGUUGGACAUUUAGUGUACUGGGGUAAAGCCACCAUUAUUUACCCUCUGUGCGAGACCAAUAUGUAUGUCUUGUCACCUGUAGCAAAUACUUACAUUAACUCAGACCUCUCAUCGGAGUUCAGUCAGCUUUUCUCUCUGUCCCUGUGUGGCCAGCUAGCCGAGUUUUCUUACCCUGUGAUGUUAAGAGAGUCUAAAGAUGUGUUAAAACCAACAAAACAACAGGAUCAGAAGGUGAGGAUUGUGGUGUGGUUGCUGCAGCAUAGACUGCUUAUUCAGCUGCACACCUACGUAAUCUUCUGUCCACCAGCAUCAAGAAAAAUGAAGAAAGUUUCAGAAGAAAUUGGUAGGACAUCAGGGAUGCCCAUUGUACCAGAAGAGGAAAGUUUGUCAGUGUCAGAUAUUGCAUCAGUGAACAGUGAUGAGAGUUUAGCCCUGAGCUACCAAGGAAUGAGCCAGUUUUCUAAGUCCCCCUCUUCUGACGGGUCCUUGGUCUCGGAGGACAGGUACUGGCCACUCCAUGAUGAACUAGCCCACCUCUCCAAGGAGGAGAGAGACAGCAUUCUGGACACACAAGCUGCCAAAGAGAAUGUGGAGGAUCUAAAGCUCUUUACAAAACUCUUUCCGUACUUCAGAGGGGACCACCAUUUAGAGGAGAUCAUGUAUUAUGAGAAUCUUCACAGAUCUCAGUUGAUGGCCCUGCUGGAUAAAUUCCGGUCUGUGCUGAUCACCUGUCAAUACGAGGACCCAGCCACCUCCUUCACUCACAUGGAUCACCACCAGAAAACCUAAGGAUCCAUGACACAAGUGCACCAAACCAGGGCCAUGUGCUGGGAUCAUUAUCCGGUUAGGAACAGGGCUAAUCAGCCUAUCAAGUUCUAGGCUCAUAAAACAAUCAAGCUAUCAUCACGUGUGUGAUGGUUCACACAAUGGGAUUGUGCAACUGGAAUGAGCUAAGCAGAUCUGAAUUGUAUGCAUACGUGUAUGUGUAUAGCAGUCUGUACAAUUUUACCAUUUAUAAAUCUGUUGCAGUAAUUAAGAAAACAAAUCAGAAAGACUGAGCUUACAGUAUCCAGUGUCAACUUUCUUCAUCAUUAUAAAAGAUAUUUUACAUUAAGCCCUAUUAAGACAUUCAAAGUAAUUAAUUUCUAUGAUUAAUGAAGUUAUAUGUUCGAUAUUGUUCUGUGCCAUACACUUCCAAUGUGUCUUCCAGUGUGUUGAGUGCCCACUAUUUUUAUGUCCCACCAUGAAUAUGGCCAGGGCAUAUAGUGUUUGUCAUGUCCGUCUUCCGUCCUUCUGUCCUUCCGUCAAACUUUGCGUUUAGCUCUGUUCAAAGCUCAGUUUCAAAGAAACUAUCCAAGAUAUUUUUAUCAAACUUCAUAUGCUGAUAGAUAUUGAUGAGAGCUAGGCAACUGCGUCAACAUUUUUUGACCUUGACCUUUCCUUUGACAUUGACCCCACUUUUC